AAAGCUGAUUUUUGCCUCAUGAACCAUCGUCUCUUUCUCGGCAAGAUGACCUUACCAAUGGUCUCGUACGUGUCUCUCAUGUCGCACGUGCAAGUGUACCCGCCAAAAGCUUUUCCCUAUAAAUACCGAACACAGACUGUGACCAUAGUGAUGAAGGAGUUAACAGGUAGCAAAAUGGGAGACACUGUUGUCCAUGCCGAUGAGAUUCGAACUCGGUUUCUGCAAGUUCUACGAAGCAGACGAUCUGGUGAAGUUCCCUUGACCGUAGAACCUGCAAAACCUGUUCCAAGUCCUCUAUUUCAGGAUGCUUCUCCAUUGCGAUUCAGUGAGGCAAUGGAGUCCUGCCCAAAGGUGAAUAUGGGCGCUCUGAAGGACCAACUUGUAGAGGAAAACCUAUAUUUACUAACUGAGGCUGGAGAACAAGGACGAUUACCUGUGUUGAUUUUAAGCAUGAAGGAGGAAAUUCAACAAAAAAGGCCUGCUAUUGUUUUCCUGCAUAGUACACAUAAAUGCAAGGAGUGGUUACGGCCACUGAUUGAGGCAUAUGCUUCGCGGGGAUAUAUAGCCAUUAGUGUUGAUUCUCGCUAUCAUGGCGAACGUGCAAACAGUUUAACCUCCUAUCGGGAUGCACUUAUCUCAUCAUGGAAAAAAGGUGAUACAAUGCCAUUCAUCUUUGAUACGGUGUGGGACUUGAUUAAACUGGCAGACUAUUUAACCAAGAGAGAUGAUAUAAACCCUAAAAGGAUUGGAAUCACUGGUGAAUCACUUGGAGGGAUGCAUGCCUGGUUUGCGGCUGCUGCUGAUACUCGUUAUUCAGUGGUUGCCCCUAUAAUUGGUGUUCAGGGAUUUCAAUGGGCCAUAGAAAAUGACAAGUGGCAGGGUCGAGUUGACAGUAUAAAGCCUGUAUUUGAAUAGGCAAGGAUUGAUAUGGGGAAGAGUGCAAUUGACAAAGAAGUGGUGAAGAAGGUAUGGGAUAGGAUUGCUCCCGGUCUAACCUCUGACUUCGACUCGCCUUACACGAUUCCAGCAAUUGCACCACGUCCGCUGUUGAUUGUUAAUGGUAUCAUUGUAUUUUGUUACAUUUCACCUGGUUUUAAGUACUCUUGUUUCUUUUCUUUUCUGUCUUUCUUUUUUGCUGGGGCACAAGAAGCAAAUGAUUGUUGCAUAGUUAAUUCUCUUCUUGAUUUGGGGACAUAGAUGGUGCCCACCCUC